GCGCGGCCAUCGGAGACGCCUCCUCCGCCUGCGCCCUGCGAUGAGCGCCCCAGCGGUUCCAGGCGACCUGCAGCUUCCCCCGAGCCAGAGGGCCCAGCUCGCGUUCAGCGAGCAAAGAAAACAAAAACUCAAGGAGCAUCUGUUAAAAAGAAAAACCUUUUUUGCAUACAAACAGGAAAAUCAGAAAUUCUCCAGUAGUAGAAACAAGGGAAUGAUGACAUCUGAGGGCCCGGUCCAAGAAGAGACAAAAGUUCUGAAACUUAAGACAAAAAUGGCUGAUAAAGAAAAUAUCCAUAGACCUACAAGGAGCAAAAAUAAUAUAACAAUGGAAAAAAAUUGUAUUCCGUUAAAACCUUCUAAUGAAUUAACCAAUUCAACUAUAGACACUGAUACAUAUAACUUGGAGAAUAAUAAUCAAACUCUGCAGUUGUUACCAAUUACAAAUGAUCGCCAAGGUCAACGUAUGACAUUAAGCCAAGCAUUUCACAUUAAAAACAAUAAUAAAAAGAAACAAGUGACUACAGAAAAACCAAAGCAAGAUGCUAACGUGCUCAAGAAACCUGUGCUUGGAUCUUAUCGUGGCCAAAUUGUUCAAUCUAAGGUUAAUUCAUUUAGAAAGCCUGUACAAGUCAAAGAUGAGCAUUCUACAACAACAACAAAACUUUCAACUCCUAUCUCUAAGGCCGCAAAACCUCAGCCUGUGAACACCAGCAGUGUAAUAGCAAAAAGUCACAGAGCCUCAAAUAUGACGACUAAAUUUGUGAGGGCUGCAUCUCAGAAUGAACAACUUUUACGUCCUCCUAUUAGAAGUCACCACAGUAAUACUCAUAAUGCCCAGGAAUCCCUGAAACAAGGCAUUGCCAAUGUAACAGUUCGGAAAGGGUCUCAUGAGAAAGAAUUACUACAAUUAAAUACAGUUUUAUCUAGUGUCAAAACCAUUUCUUCUCAGGAAGUAAAAAGAAAUAAGACAGUAUCAAGAAGCAUCACAUCUGAAAUGAUAGCCAGGCCUGCUUCAUCUUCUAAUAUCAAACAGAUAGAAAAGUCAAAAACCAUUGACCAGUGCAGGCAUACUAUAGCAAAAGCAACUAUCAACAGUAGAAGGGCUCAGCCCAAAGAAACUGUAGAAGAAAGAAAAGCUCGUCUGAGUGAGUGGAGAGCUAGCAAAGGAAAAAUGCUGAAAAGGCCUCCUAGCUCAGUAGUAACCCAACCUGAACCUGAACCUGAAGGACAGAAUGAAAAACAAGUUGGGUCAUUUUGGACUACCAUGGCAGAAGAAGAUGAACAAAGAUUAUUUACUGAAAAAGUAAACAAGACAUUUUCUGAAUGCCUAAACCUGAUUAAUGAGGGAUGCCCAAAAGAAGAAGUAUUAGACACACUGAAUGACCUGAUUAAAAAUAUUCCAGACGCCAAAAAACUUGUUAAGUAUUGGAUAUGCCUUGCACGUGUUGAAUCACUCACAAGUUCUGUUGAAAAUAUUAUCUCAAUCUUUGAGAAGGCCAUUCUGGCAGGAGCUCAGCCUAUUGAAGAAAUGCGACAUGCAAUUGCAGAUAUUCUAACAAUGAAGAGUCAAGAAAAAGUUAAAUUUGGAGAAAAUCUUGAGGAGGCUUGUGCAACCAAGGAAAAAAUCCAAGAAGUCAACAUUGAAGAUAUUGGUGUUAAUCUAGAGUCAGGAAAACCUGAAAUGGAAAAGAAACAUCAUAGAAAUGUGGUAUUUCAAGAUUUUAACAACGAGCAAGUACACAAAACAAAAGAUCCAGCCAAUGAUGUUAAAACCCCCAACACAGGAACUAGGGAAGGUUGCUUAAUUAAAUAUAAUGUGUCUACUACACCAUACUUGCAAAGUGUAAAAAAGAAAAUGCAGUUUGACGAAAUAAAUUCUACAUUUAAAGAGCUCAAGUUUCUAACACCAGUUAGACGUUCUCAGCGACUUCAAGACAAGACUUCUAAAUUGCCUGAUAUGUUGAAAGACCAUUAUCCUUGUGUGUCUUCAUUGGAACAGUUAACAGAGUUGGGGGAUGAAACUGAUGCUUUUAUAUGCCGCCCUAAUGCAGCACUGUGCCGGAUGUAUUUGGAGACUGAAACAACAGAAGAGAAAUAAAGCUAUGAUAAGAAAUAAGGAUUUUAUUAUUCCUGGGGUGUGUGUUUGUUGUGGCUUCAUAUGUCUUAGUUCAGGAGUUGGCCAAGUUACCUAAGUGUUCAUGACAGUAAACUCUUUUAUAAUAUUCACAUAAUAGAUGUUGCCUUCUGUUUGUCAGAUAGCUAGAUCCUAUAUUGUCUAUCUCAACAGAUUAAGAUUUUCUUUAAGGUAGCUAAAUUUUGUCAACUAGUUUACUAUGUUCUUUUAGUAUAAUUAUUAAAUGUCAUUCUAUUUUCAGUGGUAUUUCUAAAAUAACUAAUACUUAAACUUGUUUUGUAAUAUAAAAACUUAAUUGUUAGAUCAUGUCCCCUGAAACAUGAUAGUUAUAUGCAGUAAACAGUUCUCUUCUUCCUACACACAUACACUAAUAAAAUUGUUUAUGUCUUUAAACUGAUAUUUAAAUAGCAUUUAUCCUCUACCAGGUCCAUGUUUUCAGAUCAGUAAUGGGCCAUUGUAAGAGCUUAGAUCAUUUUAAAACUAAUAUGAAUGUGGUUGAAAAUCACAUGCUUGGGCUCAUUUAUGUUCAUAUAUUCCAUUUGUGUAACAGUACCUUCCAUUGUCUUCUCG